AAGUGAGGCUCGGGGGAGGAUUUAGGGAGGGGGACCGCCCUUGCUGGGAGCGGUGCCUUUGAGCUGCCGGGGGAAUCGGGAGCAAGAGAAGGAAGCCCAGGGCUGCUUAAAGGAGCGAGGUAUUUGCUGAGCUGCAGGGCUCCCCUGGUCUCCCCAACGACAACAACCCCGCGAGAGGCAGCGAUGGGCCGUUACAUGGGAUAUCGCCCGAUUGCAGCCAAGGCCAAGAAAAUCCGUGAAUACCGGGCUUUAAAAAACCGACCUCGUGACUCCCAGCGUUAUGCGGUGGAUUAUGAGAACAUGACCCGUGCUUUCACAGGCAAACGCCUCCCUGUGCUGGCCUGGGAGGAUGUGAGGAAUGAGAACCGCCUUUUUACGCUGCUCUCCCGGUUGCACCUCUUUGGCAUUGGCCGGAUGGUCACACGCAAAUCCUGGCUCUGGGAAUACGAUGAGCCUUGUUAUUGGGUCAUUACUAAAAUAAAAGUCGAUUAUACAGCUGAGAAAAUGGAGUAUGGAAAGGCUUGGGGAUACCUGACAUUUAGAGGUAAGCCCGAAACCGAAGAGAAAGAAAUAGACAAAGUAAUGUACCACGACUGGCGAAUGGUACCAAAACAUGAGGAGGAAGCCUUUAAGCAAUUUACCCCUCCUGAGGAAGAGGAAAAAAUCCGGUAUGUCCUCUAUCCACCACUGCUGAGGGCCAUGAUCCUUGCACAGAGGCAGAAAGAAGGUAAACUGACUGAUGAAGAACCCAUGCUUGAUUUGGAGCGAGCUGUUCACCUCCUAAAUACGCCCCCCAGAAACCAACCUGAAGGGACUCCAGUCUGAAGACUUUUAGAACUUCGAUACGGCUCUUGGUUUGUUACAUUCUCAGCCCAACUUUCCUAUUCUGCCUUGCACUGAGAUGUUUCCGUGAAAUAUGAUCCUGUCACUGAGGCUGGACGGGGGGAAAAAACCCCCACCAGCAAUAAGUAAAAUUAUAUGAUAAUUUUGCUAUCAGAAUCUUCCAUUGACAUUUCUCCCAUUGUCCUUGCCUUAUUUUUUUUAGAUUUGUUUUUAUUUCCCAUUGCCGUGUUUCUUCUUGUUGCUUCCUUAUCACGUCCAAGAAAAGGACAUCAAUCUAUUUUAAUAAUGAGGCAAUAUAAAGAGACUCCUAAUUAAAAUAAUCGAUUGGAACCGAGAUUGAUCUCUGUUCUAGCCCGGCACCAUCUUCCUCCCCUAAAUCCAGUCACAAUCUUAAAAUGUGAUGUUGUGUUACUGUUUGCCAAUUAAAAAGAACAAAAAUAGGCUCAGUCUGUAUUUUAAGAAGUGGCAUUGCUCUUUCCUGUCUUUUCAAAUGUAUUGGUGAAAUGAAACAGGCUUGUUACGAGGAAAAUAAGAGGAGGAAGCAG